GACUGGUCAGUGAGGAUGCGAUGGCGCUCAAUUGUUUCUUUGUGGAGUUCCUGCUGUACGUGGACGAGUUUGCUGGGAAGUGCAUUCUGUACGGCACUGUCCGUUUGAACGGAACAAAUCUUACCAUAGAAUUCCCCAGCUCCCAGUCCCCCUGCUACUUUGUGACGACCAUCUCCGUGUGCGUAACUGUAUACUGCCUCUCCCUCGCUCUUUACUGCUACUGUGUGGCCAAAGACAGCCAAAGGGGACACAUUUCGAUGUACGUGACACUUCUGGUUUCUGGGGUCUUCUCAUUCUUCCUGUUGGUGACUGGGUGUGUCCUAAGGUUUGGUAGGAAUCGCCUCUGCGAGUCUAUAAUCAGCCUGCCAGGUAUAACCAGGUGUGAGGAGGCACAGGACAAGCCUUGGUCCGCCCCGUACGUAGGGACGCGAUUCUUCUUCAAUCUGCUCGAUGCAGAGACAUCAGUGUGGGUGACCUUCUUCUCCUGGCUGGUGAUCUUCAUUGCAGUGGUUAUCCAGAGGUGCCUUGAUUCAGCGGUCACGGCCAGGGGAUACGUUCCCAGCGUGAGCCCCUCGCUGCCUGAGUUCACGCCCAGGGGAGAGGUCUCCAGCGUGAGCCCCCGGCUGCGUGAGUUCAGAGCCAGCCGCUCUGAGACUAAAUUCCUCCUCUCGGACCAGAACGGACACAGUUAUUAUCAUAGUGUUCAUGAAACUGUUAUUUAUAGAGAGUGA